ACUUCGCCGUCCGUAACCAUUCACUCCCGAGUUCGAAAUCGGUCCGCGUCAAAAUACCCAUCCCGUGCGGUCCGUCCCCUUUUUCAUCCCGCGUUCCGCGCCGUGUUUUGUGGGUCCCAUCAACAGGUGUUUGGGUUUUAUGAAUUGAAAACCGCAUCGAUUCAAGUGCACUGGACAGUUACGACACACGCAGGUCGACGCCAGCCCAAUCUCCAUAUGGAAAUACGUCCGGACGCGACAAUCAAAGUGGCACUGUGACAAUUGUGAAAAACUUCGACCUAUUAAUUGAUAAUUAAAUUGGAACAGAACAUGGAAACGUUCGUGGUGGAUAAAUCGUUUUACGACAUCGGAUCGGCGGACGAUCUGAAACUGUGGGAGUCCGACGAUUUGGAUCCGGAGGUGUUGCGACUGCAGUCCUCGGACAUGACGGAGUGGAGCUACUUGGACAGGGUGAUGCCCGGAGUGGUGCUCCAUGAUAGACUCAUGACAGACGCCGCCCUAGGUACCCGCCCCAUCAAAACAGAACACUCGUACAGUCUGGCCUCAGACGGGGAUUCUUUACCGGAUUCGCCGAUUCCACAUCAAAAAGUCGACGACAUGGAAGAUGAAUGUUUCCCCGCGAUGUCGAUGAACCAGGCGUGUGGCAGACUAUCUGAAUGCGUUUCGAUAAAAGACGAACCCAUGAGCGAGUCGGACAACAGCCCGCAUUCUUCCUGCCCAUCGUCCCCUCAGUCAAUCAUCAUUAAUCCCGCGGACAUGUCCUUUGAGAACGAUUUCUUUCAGACGACAUCGAAAAAUUGCAUAGUGAAACAGCCGUCCAACAUUCUGAUCAGCUCCCCGCACACGAUAAUCCCCCAAAGGAUACAGCUGCAACAUCAGAAGCUGAACAUUAAAAUCGAGCCGGGGACGGCGUUCCAUUUACCGCCGACGCCGCCGUCGUGCAGCAGCAGCGACGACAGCGAGGACAACGCAACUAUUUCCCAGCCAUCGUCACCCGCCUCCAGGAAGAUCAGCACCGCGCGGAUGAUGCUCAAUCACCACUCCACACCGAGGCAACCGAUUCACACGCCUCUAAUUAGCUCCCAACCAAAAGGGUCAACGGGAAUGUUAGUCUUGACGGAGGAGGAAAAGAGGACCUUGAUCGCUGAAGGAUACCCCGUUCCAACUCGCCUGCCUCUAACUAAAGCGGAAGAAAAAUCAUUGAAAAAAAUCCGCAGGAAAAUCAAAAACAAGAUAUCAGCCCAGGAAAGUCGACGAAAAAAGAAGGAGUACAUGGACCAGCUGGAGAGAAAAGUUGAAAUUCUGGUCACAGAAAAUACCGACUACAAAAAGAAAAUCGACGACCUGGUCGAUAAAAACACGACCCUAAUGAGCCAGUUGCAAAAACUUGAGGCUAUAGUGGCAAAAACCCACCCGCAAAUCAUUAAGCAACUUAAACAAUGAGCGAAAUUAAUCCCCGUUGCCUUUAAUUGUAAUAUGACAAAUUUUAACAGGUCUAAAGUACAAAAUAAUUGUUUUUGUCUAACACUUUAAACGUCUUCCUAAGCGUACUAGCCUAAUAACAUAACGAACGGCGUUGCGAAAAGCUAUAUUGGAGGAAAUCAUGGAAAAGAUAUCAUUUUUUGCAUGAUUAUCUCAAGAAAUAGUAGUUAAAACGUCGCUAUAAAUAAUACAUUCCAUAAACCAAAGUUUAAAAAUUAUAUAAAUGUAUAAGCUCAAAUAAUUGUAUAAAUAUUUUUAAUAUACUGUACUUAAAAUGUAUAUAUACAUUCAGUGUGUGCCUUACUACACAGGCUCAGUGGUUAAAUGAGAGCGUAUUUUUGUAUUUUGUGCAGAUACCAGAGUAUUUCCUGAAAUUAUUUAGUGCAAUAUACAAGAAAAAAUUGAAAAUAUUAUAUAAAAUGUUAGUGCAAUGUACAAAAAUACCGCCGAAUGUUGAGUCCACCUUAUUUGGGACCAAUAGAAGAUUAUGUCAGUGACAUAUAGAGUGCAUUUUUUAAAGAUAUAGAGUUAAACUUAAAAAUUUCCUUCCUACUUAUAACAGACUGAAGAAUUUGCGGCGUGUUGCCGAAUUCACGUUUUUAGUGUCGUCACCUAUAAUGAUGAGAAUAGAUAUUCAGAAAAAGUAUUUCAAGUAGGAUUAAUCUAUUUAUUAAGUCAUUGUCCACUAAUAUUUUAUUAAUUUAUAUAUUUUAUUAGUACACUUCAUGAUUAUGCCUUGAACUUUACAUAUAUAUUGUAUAUAGUAUGUUAAAUAAUUCAGAGUCUAAAUAUUAUAUUUUAUAAUUUUAUACAUAUUGUUACGCAUUUGAAAAUAUAGGCAAUUAUAAAGUAUUUUUUUAACUUAAUGCUAAACUUGUUAGACAAAUUUAGGAACUAUGUGAAAUUUAUAAAUAAUGCAAUUAAAUUCAUACAAUAAAUUGCAAAUGAAACAUUUGUAUAUUAUAUGUGUGACUUGUGUGAAUUGAAUUGGUCGAAACCUUUACUUAGCAAAUAAUUUUGGGAUUCUAAAUAGGUUUGUGCUUUUAGAUUAUAAGAAAUUGUGUAAUUUCUUUUUUAAAGCAGGACAAGCGUUAAUUGUAUAGGUAAGAACUGAUAAUUUAAUGUUCCAAAAUAUGUUAGGUACUUCUUAAUAACAUUUUAUUUCAAAAUGAUUUUAUAUUUAUUGUUUUCAUACAAUUGUGUGUAUUUAUUUAUGUGUUAAACACAAUAUUUUGUGUGCAAUUUACUCCUCAUGUAGAGAAGUGUUUUGUUUAAGUGAUGAGAUGUCUUGCUUUGUUGCACUCUGGGUACCAUUAAAGUUUAUUCUGUAUAAUAGAAUGGACAAAUAAAAUUUAUAAUAAUA